UUCUUUUCUUUCCUUCCCUUUCUUCUCUUCCUCCUCCUAUUCUCCCUCCUCCUCUUCCUUCUCUUCCUCCUCCUCCUCCUUCUCUUUCUCUCUCUGUCUCUGUCUCUCUCAUGUGCACAUGCACCACAUUCUCUCAUCCUUUGUGUGAUGUGCUUUAUAUUGAUUAUAGAUGAUUCCGAUAUAUUUCUUGGAUCUGCUUAAAGCCCUUAUGGAACAUUCUUUUUGUUUACUUGGCACAAAACAAAUUCAAUUAAAUAUGAACCUGUUUUCUCCCAUUUAAUGACAUCAUUUUAAAUAGGCAUUCUUGAAAAAACUAUUUAUUAAAAAUGUAAUUAGAAAACAAAAGUUAAUGGUUGAAAAAUAACAAGCAGCUUUUGUGUGAGCCUUUGUACCAAAAAAGUAUUUUAAGUAGGAAUCUGUUAAGAGAAAACAUAAUGUUAGUAUACUGAGCAUAGUCAAAGCACUUCCUUUAUCAUCCUUAUUCAUUUUAGACUUAACUUCUACAAAUGUUUAUACAUCACCCACACUUGUGAGGAAACAUACACAGGGGCAAAAAUGGCAGAAUGGAAUUGUGGGCUUAAAUCAGAGGUCAGCAAAACAUGGCCUGUGGGACAACUCCAGUAACUUGGCUGUGUUUGUGUGGCACAAGAGCUAAGGAUAAAUUGUACAUGUAUUAGAUGGUUGAAAAAAAUCAAAAGAAUAAUGCCCUGUGACACACAAAAAUUAUGUAAAAUUGAAAUUUCAGUUUUAUUGCUACACAGCCAUACCCCUUCAUUUAUGUAUUAUCUAUGGUGUUUUUGUCCAAAAAUGGCAGUUUUGAAUAGUUCCAACAGAGACUGCAUUACAAAACCAAAAAUUUUUACUAUUUGGUCCUUUUAGCAAAAGUUUGCCAACCCCUGGCUUAAAUCACCAUUUUUCCCAGAUGAUGAUCAGUUUCCUGUAUAAUGACUGUAUUAGUCCAUUCUCAGAUUGCCAUAAAUAAAUACCUGAGAUUGCACAAUAAAGAAAAGAUGUUUAAUUGACUCACGGUUCCACAGGCUGUACAGGAACAUGACAGCCUCAGCUUCUGAGGGGGCUUCAGAGCUUUUACCCAUGGUGGAAGGCAAAGCAGGAGCAGGAGUCUUAUAUAGCAGGAGCAGGAACAAGAAAGAGAGCCAGGGGAGAGGUGCCACAAACUUUUAAACAACUAGACCUCUUGAUAACUCACUUACUAUCACGAGAACAGCCCAGAGGGGAUGAUGCUAAACCAUUCCUAAAGGACCCACCCCCAUAAUGCAAUCACCCGCCAGGCCCCAUCUCCAGUAUUGGGGAUUAUAAUUGGUCAUGAGAUUUGUGUGGGCAUACAGAUCCAAACCAUAUCAAUUACCAAAUUAAAAACAUGAUAUAAAUAUUUAAACUAUGGAAAUCAUUAUUAGAAAACAAUUGCAAAGUGAUCAUUGAGUUUUAUGUGUUUAUUUUCCACUUUAAUGCUUUGAGCUAAUAACAUGCAUCUCAGAUUUGCCCAAUUUAGAGAAAGCAGAGGUCAGAUCUGAUGGCAGUUCUGCUUUGUCAGUAGUUUUAGCUAUGUCCAUAAUCUUAAGAGAGUCAGAGCCUCUAGGGGCCUCUGUUGGUCUAUAAAACAAAUAAGGAUAAAGUUAGAUUGUCACCAUGAUCCUUUCUAGUUUUAUAACUAAUUAUGGAGAAAAUUAGUUAAGAGAGAAACAGUAAAAAAUAUUAUCCUACAGACAUUGAAGUUAACUAGGUCAGUUUUGAGCACUAGGCUUCAUGUUUGCAGACUUUGUCAAGAACUUAACAAAUUUGCCGUAUGUUCAAUGAGAUAAUGUAUUGGAGGACUGCUUAGUACGGACUAACCAACUUAAAUAGAAAAUACAUUUGCUGAGCUGAACUGCAAAAAUGACUGACACAGGCAUCUUAUUACUGUUCUCAUGGACUCACAGAGAUUGAGGUAGAGAAGUCACUGUUUUGACAAGUGGAGAUGCUCCCCAAGCAAGCACAGGGUCCCUUGACAAAAUGACUGCAGAAUUGUUGCCAUGUGGAUUGAAAUGCUGAAUUUCACUCUGAUUCCUAACAUCGCUAUUUUAAAGAAAUCUAAGCAACUGCCAUGUUAAAAAAAAAUCAUCUUCAACCUCUCAGUAUCUGGUGUUGUAUAAUCUGAAGAAAUCCUAACACCAUGGACAGAGUUACUGGACAAAACUGUUUAGAAAUAUUUCACAAUAAAGACAUUGUUUUGAAUAUUCCAAUGUAUCAAUAAAAGAUAGGAUCAUUUAAAUAAGACUGUCAGGACCCAAGUAAUUUGUUGUCUCCCUUGAUUUUUAAUAAAUAAAGUAAUAAUCUAAAAGCCUUCACACCUUGCUCUGCGCACGGAAAGAUGGCGGAACAGGCUACCAAGUCUGUGCUGUUUGUGUGUCUGGGUAACAUUUGUCGAUCACCCAUUGCAGAAGCAGUUUUCAGGAAACUUGUAACUGAUCAAAACAUCUCAGAGAAUUGGAGGGUAGACAGCGCGGCAACUUCCGGGUAUGAGAUAGGGAACCCCGCUGACUACCGAGGGCAGAGCUGCAUGAAGAGGCACGGCAUUCCCAUGAGCCACGUCGCCCAGCAGAUUACCAAAGAAGAUUUUGCCACAUUUGAUUAUAUACUAUGUAUGGACGAAAGCAAUCUGAGAGAUUUGAAUAGAAAAAGUAAUCGAGUUAAAAUCUGCAAAGCUAAAAUUGAACUACUUGGGAGCUAUGAUCCACAAAAACAACUUAUUAUUGAAGAUCCCUAUUAUGGGAAUGACUCUGACUUUGAGACGGUGUACCAGCAGUGUGCCAGGUGCUGCAAAGCGUUCUUGGAGAAGGCCCACUGAGGCAGGUUCGUGCCCUGCUGAGGCCAGCCUGACUAGACCCCACCCUGAGGUCCUGCAUUUCUCAGUCAGUGUGUAAUCAAGUUCCAGGGCCCAAAGCCCCAGCUCUUUGUUCAGUUGACUUACUGUUUCUUACCUUAAAAAGUAAUUGUAGAUGGAAAUCAGUUGUGUUUGGCAGAAGAAUCAAUAAAAAUCUUUGAUUCAGACAGUUUAUGGGGUAUUUUAAGCAUUCUUAGAUUAGUUGAACAUCUCACUUUGCCCCAGUUACAAAAAUAGUAGAACAAGCAACAUAAAACAAUGAAGGAAAACCUCACUUGAAGGCCCAGGUCAACAUCUAAGCCUGUUGAGACUUAGAUAAUUGAGUCUACCUCUUCAGUAGGUUUGUGUGGAUGGCCUGACGGAGCGCAGGUGCCCUCUGCUCCCCAGCGCUACCUCUCUCUUCCCUAGGGCCUUUUAUGGAUUGACAGUAGCCCUCUCCGUAGGAGCUCACAGUCGAGAUUAGAAGUGUUUUAAUUUAUACACACCCGUAGUGCACACUUGUAUAUUGAAAAGAUAGGGAAGAGAGAAACAGUUAUGGAAUCAGUCGUUGGCACAUUCAAUACUUCAUGAUUUUUGUCGAGUUUACUUCACGAGGGAGUCAGCUCAUUGGCUCCCAUCUGAACCACUUUGCCUCUGAAACUUAAUUACAUCCAGAAAGAAGGACACUUGUAUGCUAGUCUAUGGUCAGUUGAGGAAUAUGACUGUUUUUAUAUGCACAUGUAACCCAAAUGUCCAAUAUAAAUUGGCUUAUUUUUAAAAAUAAUUUUAAAAGUUGGGAAAAGUGUUAUUAUUUGGCAUGCUUAAAUAUUG